UUCCCUUUUACCUUUACAUUUGCAUCUACAACACAUUUCCAUAGGAGAUCAAACCAGCCUCUGACCUUUCAACACUGUCAAACGUUGGCAAACCCCUAAUAUUCCCUUCUCCUCACUUCACUUCGUUUCUCUUCCCUUUCCCUCUACAAAGUCUCAUAUUCUCUACCAUGCACACGAAAAAAGGCAACGGGAGAACUGUUGCUCUCUCCAAGCGAAAGGCUCAACCAAAUGCUCUCGACAAGUUGGGUGAUAACCCAACAGAAGACGAGAUCAAGACUGCAGAGGCCAACGUUGCACUCGCUGAACUUGAGGAGAGGGUUGCCGAUGUUAGAGAAUCGUGGGAGACAGACUCUUUGUUUGAAGAUGCUUUCGAUGAGUUGAACGCAGAUAAUACGGUGGCCAUUAAUGACCCCAAAGUGUGCACACCUGAAGAAGCUAGCAGACUUCGUCGGGAGCUCCGAGAAUAUGGUCCAACAGUCUUUUGUCAACGCACCGUUGAUGCUGGUCACUAUACCGCCAGAAAGCUCCUCAGCGCCUUUGGCAUCCGUCCUCCGCCCUUCCUGGAGGGUCAGCCUGAUGAUGCGUAUUUCAGUUUAUUGUCGCUCGCUAUUACGCGUGAACUGUCAAAACGCGCCAAGCUUCUGCGUCACAACACGGUUGAUGAUGCCGUUGACCUGAUCACUAAGAGCAAUAACAUCAUUCUCAUCACUGGUGCUGGUAUCUCUACAUCGCUGGGCAUUCCCGAUUUCCGUUCCAAGGGAACUGGUCUGUACUCCAAGUUGGAGCACCUUGGUCUUAGUGACCCCCAAGAGGUUUUCGACAUUGGUGUCUUCCGACAAGAUCCCACCAUUUUCUACUCGGUGGCCAAAGACAUUUUGCCGAGCACGGACCGAUAUACACCCACUCAUAAGUUCAUUGCCAUGCUCCAUGAGAAGGGCAAGCUCUUGACCAACUACUCUCAGAACAUCGACAACCUCGAAGUCAAGGCCGGUGUUCCCAAGGACAAGCUCAUCCAAUGCCACGGCUCCUUCGGAACCGCCACAUGUGUUCAGUGCGGUUAUAAAUGCCCGGGAGAGGCCAUCUUCCCCGAGAUCAAGGCUGACAAGAUCCCUCGAUGCCCACGCUGCGUCCAGACUCUGCGCACUACUGGCGGUGCGCCUAAGCGUAAGCGGUCUGCAGGCACAGAGAAGAAGCGAAGACGGUGGAGCGCCGAUAGUUCCGACGAGUCCGAGUAUGACAUCCCCAGUGCUGGUGUCAUGAAGCCCGAUAUCACCUUCUUCGGCGAGGCUCUUCCCGAUGAGUUCUCUCGACGACUCACCGAGCACGAUCGCGACAAGGUAGAUCUCGUCAUCGUUAUCGGCACUUCUCUCAAGGUUACGCCUGUAUCUGAGAUCGUGUCCUGGCUCCCCGCCCAUAUUCCUCAGAUCUACGUAUCUCGCCAGGCUGUUAAUCACAUCAAUUUUGACAUCGAUCUCCUAGGCGAUUGCGAUGUUGUUGUCUCUGAACUAUGUCGCCGUCUGCGCUGGCCAAUGGUGCAUGACAUGGUUCCCAAGAAUCAAAAGGUCGAAGUCCGUACUGAGCCUGGCUAUAAGAGUCGCCACGUUUUCGAGGAGCAGAAGACCAAGAAGUGAGAGCCACUGAUCGAAAUGUUUCUCUCAUAAUUUCGAAGGAGGAUGUGAAGACACUGCAUUUGUGCGUUUUUAUAAGAUUUUACAUUCUGUGCUGCAAGCGGAUGGCAUGGCGUCUCGAGGAUCGGAUACAAUGCCAACAAAAAAUGGAUGGACAUGGACGGAGUAAGGGUGUUUACGGGACUGACCGUCUGUUGUCUUCAAUUUUUUUUAAU